CGUCUCCAGCGCUCCGCUUCCCCUCGCCCGCUCCCGCGUCCGGGCGCGACCCGCCGCUGCCACCGCCGCCAACGCCACCGAGCCCGCCGCCGCCAGCAUGCCCGGCGUGGCCCGCCUGCAGCUGCCGCUGCUGCUCGGGCUGCUGCUGCUCCCGCCCCAGCCGCCCGCUGGACUUGGCCGACUACACCUAUGACCUGGGCGAGGAGGACGACUGGGAGCCCCUCAACUACAAAGACCCCUGCAAGGCGGCUGCCUUCCUGGGGACAUCGCCCUGGAUGAGGAGGAUUUAAGGGCCUUCCAGGUGCAGCAGGCCACGGAUCUCAGACAGCGUACAAUUCGCAGGUCUUCUAUCAAAGCUGCAGGAAACUCUUCUUCCCCCAACUGCCAGCGUGCUACUGGGCAGCCUCAGAGGAGAAGCCGUGGCAGAUGGAGAAGCAGGACCCGGAGCCGGAGGGCAGCAACUUCCAGACCAGAGCGCGUAUGGCCCGAUGGGGUCAUCCCCUUUGUCAUUGGGGGAAACUUCACUGGCAGCCAGAGGGCAGUCUUCCGGCAGGCCAUGAGACACUGGGAAAAGCAUACCUGUGUCACCUUCCUGGAGCGCACUGAUGAGGACAGCUAUAUUGUAUUCACUUAUCGACCCUGCGGGUGUUGCUCCUACGUGGGUCGCCGUGGUGGGGGCCCGCGCAUCUCCAUAGGCAAGAACUGUGACAAGUUUGGCAUCGUGGUCCAUGAGCUGGGCCACGUCAUCGGCUUCUGGCACGAGCACACAAGGCCAGACCGGGACCGCCACGUCUCCAUCGUGCGCGAGAAUAUCCAGCCAGGGCAGGAGUAUAACUUCCUGAAGAUGGAGGUCCAGGAGGUGGAGUCCCUGGGGGAGACCUACGAUUUUGACAGUAUCAUGCACUAUGCCCGGAACACAUUCUCCAGGGGCAUCUUCCUGGACACCAUUGUUCCCAAGUACGAGGUAAACGGGGUGAAACCUCCCAUCGGCCAAAGGACACGGCUCAGCAAAGGGGACAUCGCCCAGGCCCGAAAGCUCUACAAGUGCCCAGCCUGUGGAGAGACCCUUCAAGACAGCACAGGCAACUUCUCCUCUCCUGAGUACCCCAACGGCUACUCCGCUCACAUGCAUUGCGUAUGGCGCAUCUCUGUCACACCUGGGGAGAAGAUCAUUCUGAACUUCACAUCCAUGGACCUGUACCGCAGCCGCCUGUGCUGGUACGAUUAUGUGGAGGUCCGAGAUGGCUUCUGGAGAAAGGCACCCCUCCGAGGCCGCUUCUGUGGGGGCAAACUCCCCGAGCCUAUCGUCUCCACCGACAGCCGCCUCUGGGUUGAAUUCCGCAGCAGCAGCAACUGGGUCGGGAAGGGCUUCUUUGCAGUCUACGAAGCCAUCUGUGGGGGAGAUGUGAAAAAGGACAAUGGCCACAUCCAGUCGCCCAAUUACCCAGACGAUUACCGGCCUAGCAAAGUCUGCAUCUGGCGGAUCCAAGUGUCUGAGGGCUUCCACGUGGGCCUCACCUUCCAGUCCUUUGAGAUCGAGCGCCAUGACAGCUGUGCCUAUGACUACCUGGAGGUGCGUGACGGGCACAGUGAUAGCAGCACCCUCAUCGGGCGCUACUGUGGCUAUGAGAAGCCGGAUGACAUCAAGAGCACGUAGCGUCUGUGGCUCAAGUUCGUCUCAGACGCCAUUAACAAAGCUGGCUUCGCUGUCAACUUUUUCAAAGAGGUGGACGAGUGCUCUCGGCCGAAUCGUGGGGGCUGUGAACAGCGGUGCCUUAACACCCUGGGCAGCUACAAGUGCAGCUGUGACCCUGGGUAUGAGCUGGCCCCGGACAAGCGCCGCUGCGAGGCUGCCUGUGGUGGAUUCCUCACCAAGCUCAAUGGCUCCAUCACCAGCCCGGGCUGGCCCAAGGAGUACCCCCCUAACAAAACUGCUCUGCAGUUGGUGGCCCCCACCCAGUACCGCAUCUCCCUGCAGUUCGACUUCUUCGAGACCGAGGGCAACGAUGUGUGCAAGUACGACUUUGUGGAGGUGCGCAGCGGACUCACAGCUGAAUCCAAGCUGCACGGCAAGUUCUGUGGCUCCGAGAAGCCGGAGGUCAUCACCUCCCAAUAUAACAACAUGCGCGUGGAGUUCAAGUCCGACAACACCGUCUCCAAAAAGGGCUUCAAGGCCCACUUCUUCUCAGACAAGGACGAGUGCUCCAAGGAUAACGGCGGCUGCCAGCAAGACUGUGUCAACACCUUCGGCAGCUACGAGUGUCAGUGUCGCAGUGGCUUUGUCCUCCAUGACAACAAACACGACUGCAAGGAAGCUGGCUGUGACCACAAGGUAACAUCCACCAGUGGCACCAUCACCAGCCCCAACUGGCCUGACAAGUACCCCAGCAAAAAGGAAUGUACCUGGGCUGUCUUGAGUACCCCUGGGCACCGGGUUAAGCUGACCUUCUUGGAGAUGGACAUCGAGUCCCAGCCUGAGUGUGCCUAUGACCACCUGGAGGUGUACGAUGGCCGUGAUGCUAAGGCCCCCAUCCUGGGCCGCUUCUGUGGGAGCAAGAAGCCAGAGCCAGUCGUGGCCACAGGCAGCCGCAUGUUCUUACGUUUCUACUCUGACAACUCGGUCCAGAGGAAGGGCUUCCAGGCAUCCCACUCCACAGAGUGUGGAGGCCAGGUGCGUGCUGAGGUGAAGUCCAAGGAUCUUUACUCCCACGCCCAGUUUGGCGACAACAACUACCCUGGCGGGGUGGACUGCGAGUGGGUCAUCGUGGCAGAGGAAGGCUACGGCGUGGAGCUCGUCUUCCAGACCUUUGAGGUGGAAGAGGAGACCGAUUGCGGUUAUGACUACAUGGAACUCUUCGAUGGCUAUGACAGCACAGCCCCCAGACUGGGGCGCUACUGCGGCUCAGGGCCUCCGGAGGAGGUGUACUCGGCAGGAGACUCUGUGCUGGUGAGAUUCCAUUCUGAUGACACCAUCACCAAAAAAGGCUUCCACCUACGCUACACCAGCACCAAGUUUCAGGACACUCUACACAGCCGGAAGUGACCACUGCCCUCACAUGUCAGUGGGGACGUGAGGCCUGCUGUCCUUGGUCACUUGGACUGGACAGUGGGGGCGAGCAGAAGGUGGGCACCCCAUCCCUGCCACCGGGACCUGCAGGGCCGAUGGUCCAGGUGAGGCUGUCCUCAGGAGGUGAGGAUUUGGACUACUUCAUGAGCCACUUCCCCAGAUCCCUUCCUCCCUUGCCCCCAGCAGAGCGAGGGACCAGGGCCAGGGAGCCAGAGCUUUCACUGAGACACUUGAAGUGGCCAUUCCUCUGUGGGGGCCGGCCGGUGGGGAGGGUCUGUCAGCGGGACCCACCCGCCUUCCCUAUCCUUCUCCAUGUGCUGGAUUGUGUAUAGCCAGCGUGUAUCUUCAUUGUAAUAUACAUGCCCCAGCCUCAUUUGGUUCUACUUUAAGCCCCCACGUCUGCUAUUUCCUGGGGCAUGAAUUUCUGUACGGGUCCCACAGGAGCCACAGUGGGGAGAUGAAGGGGAGGGGUGGGGAACAAGACAGGGCUUCUCUCAGGCCCAGUGGCUGGCCAGCCACACCAGGGCAUCCCAGCCAAUAAACCGAAAGUAUUACAGCCAGUAUCCUGUGCCAGAUGCUGUCUGGGACAUGUGGGAGGGGGCAGGGGCUUCUCGUUCCAGAUGUGCAGGCUUGCUGUGUCUGGAGUGGCCCGCAGCCAGGACACCUGGCCUCACUGGCUGCCCUUCCUCCCUUCUAUUUCAGGACACCUUCGGGUGUGAUUUCACACUUGGGCACACACAAACAUAGCCGCCUCACACACUUCAGCCUGCGGAUGCACUGCAUUCACACACUUCACAUAGCCCUCCCACACAACGGGAGGGGUGGAACAUUCUGUAAAAGGCCAUUUGGUGGGGAGGAAGGAGGUCUAUAAAAGGAUAGGCAUGUGUUGUCCAUCUGGGUUUUCUGUCUCUGUCUGGGGGAGGGUUGGGUGGUCUGCGAGGGUGUCCAGCUAGGGGAGCUCACCAGGAGCCAGAAAACUGGCAUCAGCCAGAGCUGGCCCCAGGGCCUACCUUCCUGAAUGUCAGACAUCAAGUGCUGGCCCCCAUGAGUCCUUCUCUCAGAGAGACAAGAGCCAGACACUGAGCAAACAUUCCAGCUCUUGCCCGCUCUCCCAAGGCAACCCAAGCCUGUGUCUUGUCUGGUCUCCUCCUUCCUGCCAUUGCCUCCUCCCUCCCAGCCAGCAGAGAGGCUCGGACCUGUCUCCCCCUAGAUGCCAGGAAGGGAGAAACCACAUCUCUGCUCCUUUCCUUCAAAGGAGCCUCUCUCUCCCUUUUCUUUACAUGGAUCUCACAGGGAAAGAAAGUCAAGAGAGGACCCAGGCUCUUACACCUGUGCUGGCCACACCCAGAGUCCCAAGAGACCUGGCAGCCUGCUUCAAGCCCCCAGGCUCCCCGAGAGCCUUCCGUGGGCCUUCUACUAUAGCAGGGGCAGGUAUUGUGCCAGAUGUUGUCGGGACUAUGUGGGGGGACCCACAUCCAGAGAGCUCUAUGGCAUGGUGCGCACCCCAUAUUAACCCUUUAAGCAGAAAGCAGUAGUGGAAACCAAACACAUUGCUGAUGUCUAUGCAGAACCCUCUCCUUCCAGGAAGCCAACCUGCUCCCACGGUCAGGCUGCAGCCCCGUCUUCUGGUCCUGAUGGCAGUUGAGGCCGUGAAGCCCUGCGGAGAAGUAAGCGAUGGCCAGAGGGGUUUCUUCUUAAGGCUCCAGUGAGGUCACAAGCUGUGAUGUCACAGCCUCCCCUCCAUGCCUCCAUCGCCUCUGAUCAGGGUACUCAGGACAGCUUGGAGGGCCAUGAGCAGAAUGGCAAGGCUCUCAAACCACUGGAGAUGCCUGGGCAUCUCACCUAGACACUUUGCCAACCAACUUGGCAUCAGCUCCUCCACUGUCAGAUUUGUAGUCAGCGGUCACAGCUCUCUGCACCGGCCCACCAGGUUCCUCUGAAGCUCAGAGGACCACACUCCCAGUUCACAAGCCACAUGUCCAGAAGGAGCCAGGAUUAACCCAAUCCAGACUGCGGGGCUUCAGCCCACAGAAAGUACCCAUCCUCCACCCCAAACAGGGCCCCUGUGAACAAACACCACAGCUGGGAACAGCUCAGCAUCGCCCCGUGCAGCUGUCCCAGGCAACUGUCCCAAGGCCAUCGUCACCAUAGACGUGGACCUCUCUAAUGACGCAGGGACCGGGCUGCUGAGCCCCCGCAGUCUUCCCUGGGCCCAUCUUCAGAGGCUGCCACUUGGUGAUGGAGCCUGCUUAGGAGCUGGCUGCAGGCCAUUGAUACAUAUUCCAGAACUUAAUUAAUGUGUUCUCAGGGCCCAGCCCACCCUCACCCUCUGGCUUCUUUAGGUUCUAAACUAAACCAACUCCAGUGCAGCCGCCCCUCAACUCGGGUGACUGCACGUCAAAGGAAACCAGCCUUGCUCCAACUGUCUCCAAGCCCCUGAGGUCCCCAUGGGUCCCCCUGGAUCCUAAGUUCGUGGCUGCCAGUGAAAGAUGGAUCUGCCCUAGACUGUGCUCCCAACCCUGGUAAUCAGGUUGAGAUAACUAGGUUGAGAUUACCACAUACCCCAGAGCUUCCGGCUCCUCCCUCCGGGAGCACCUCUCUAGCCCUGGGAGGACAGCAUGACAGCACCGGUCUGGCAAUCAAGAGACUUGGCUCUGCUGUGCUUUGCCCCGUGACGUUGGCCAGCUGCCCCUCCCUGGGCCUCUGUUCCCUAAGCCUGUCUGUCAUCUUCCCCCAGCAGCCCUUCCUGCCACAAAGAGAAAACCCAGCGUCCAGUCUCCAGGCGGCCAGAAGGCUGGGAUGGGGGCUUGCAGGGCCAAGUGUUGGCUCUACUGUAGAAGAAGGAAAGUUGAUGCCCUGCACUGCUCAUCACUCCUUUUUCUCUCCACUUCCCUUCCCUUCCUCUUAACGCCACGUGCUCCUCAGUCACAAAAAGGUCAGAAGCUUGAAUGCAAACUUAACCGGUUUUGAACACAGCCUCUCCCAUGUGAGUGCUGUGUGUCCCUGGGUGAGUGAUUUCACCACUCUGAGCCUUGGUUUCUUCAUCUAGACACGUGGGAUGGUGACACCUCACAGGGUUUCAAGGAAGGAAUGAGAUAACCUUUGAAGAGAGCCUGUCCCAGGACCGGGCAAACAGGAGGGAGGCUCUCCAGAAAUUGGCCUCCUUUUCUUUUCCUCUGCCAGACAAUUUUCCAGUUUCUGGACAACUCUCUUCCUAUGCUCAAAAGGAAACUUCUGGGUACGCGAGUUUCUAGUUGGGCAUCAGGCGCUUAGCAUAGAACUACUCCUGCCAGAGGGGACAAUGCUGACCGCACAGUAAGGCGGGGCUUGUGAAGCAGGGGACGUAUUUCUGGCUGGCUGGUAGCCUUUCUGGGCACCUCCCAAGUCACACCCUGUGCUUGACUGUCCCUACACACGGGGCUGACUCCUGAAACCGUGAAAAGAUAUGCUGUUCCAGUUUGCAAAAGUAGUAGUGCCUGACUUGGGGCGUGGGGGGAGAGGGCAGCCAUAUGUUUACCCAGAGAUCCACGAGGCCCCCAGCCCAGCUUUCUGCUGCCCAGUCUGCUUCUCCUGCUCCAGCCCCUCCCAGCCCCAUGCCCUCCCCUCCCUCCUCCCAGGAACAUCUGGUUCUAAUCUCCUGCAGAUGCUGUGGCCAAGCUGUUUUAUGGCCAAUCACCUCAGCUCAGCUUCCUGAACGCCUCCCUCCAUUUUGGGGGAAUAGUCCCUUCUUGUCCCUCUCCUUGGGACCCCAGCCAUCUCUUUUCCUAACAUGGAGAAAAGACACAUACCAAAGCCAGAUGACACUGCCAGGGUCCUCAGAGAGGGCACCUCCCCUCCCACUACCUUGUGUAGGGGGGGGACCCUAUCAUCCAUCCAGGAUUCAAAGAAAGAUGCUGGCACAGGAGGAAAGGAGGCAAGGAAGUGUGGGUGUCGGGGUGGGGGGCACAGGUAGAGAGAGAGAUGGGAGCUUUAGUGUAUGUGGCCAUGUAUAUGUGUUGGCUGUGUGUGUGUAUUUGUACCUGCACAGCAGAAAACCCCACCCGUAACUCAGAGAUGUCCCUGGGCAGCCGCCACCUCAUUGUUCCCUCCCUACCUGCACUGGAUCAGGGCCAACUCCGGGUCCUGCGCUGCACAGUGGCGGCUGCAGUACAAGGUUGCCCCUCACCUUGCAGCUCUCUGUGGUCACCAAGGCUGUGUCUUCUAAAUCCAGCCCAGGGAAGAUGUGUGAGUGUGUGUGUGAGUGUGUGUGUGUGUCCAUACAGACCUCUCUCCUACCAGAGGGACACAGGCCAGAAGGAACCCGAGGGCAGACUCCGACAGAUACCUUGACCCAGUUUAGUCUGAUGGCGCCUCGAGCAGCCAGGGUGGGCGUGUGCCAGAAAGCGGCCAUCUGGAGAGGAGACCGGAGGAGCAGGCUCCUGGAGGAAACCUGCCUGCCCCACCCCAUGCACCCCAUCGCAGCUGGCUGCCUUCAUCCCCCACUAAGAGGACACCGGGA